AGUCCGGCAAGGAGGCCUCAGUGACGAGCAGUGGCGCGUUGUGUCGCGUUGCGUUGCGUUCGGAUCCGAACGCGAGAGAUGGACGACAGGAUUAUUGUUCUGGUGGAGGCCUCGAUCACAGCAUCAAGGACCAGCUCCUUCCGCGAUCAUUCAUGUCACCAUUCUGUGAAUUUAUAGUUCAUUUGAUAUCAUUUGAUCUCAUUCAGGAAUCAAGUGGCGUUCAUUUGCUUCAUGCGGGCGCAUGCUCAGAAUGGGAUGAGUCGAGGAUUAAGGGCGAAAUAGGGCGAAUUAGCCAUCGCCGCCUGAACGACGACUUGAAGGAUAUCGCUCUCCUGUCAGCUUCGCCUAAUUCUGUCACCUCCUGGGUAAACCUAAGCUCUGGAAGUGUAUUCAGAAGGAUUUUAUCAAUUGAGCACGACUGUCUACACGCUGAAAGUUUCAUGAAGGAAGGGCUGAUUGAGGAGGAUUGUAAGAGUUCUUGUUCUGAUGAAAGGGGUGAUCCGAAAUUUGAAACAAUCAGCUGAGCCGUCUUCGGUAGAGGAAUUUGAUCCGGAACAGCUCUACAGUCUUGAUACACAGCUACGGAAGUUUAUCUAAGCAAGACUUCAAACUGUGGAUAUCAAGAAGGGGUUGCCAAAGUGAUGACCAAAAACUCUCAAGAAGAAGCUGCAGCCAGUAGAAGAUCCAAGUAACGUGAGGAGGAAAUGAUAAGAUCGUGCUUUGUUAGGGGAGUUGUGAAGGACGAACUGCCACUUGAGAAAACACUAAUAUAACAGAACAUGGAAUAGCCUUAUUGUAGACGUACUACAUCAAAGCGAGAAGAGGAUAUCGGGUAGCAAUCAUGGAAAUGGCGGCUGUAACUGUGCGCGCGAAAUUUUUGGCCAAUCCGAAGGACGUUGGCGUACCGGGAGUAUUGAUGAUAAAUGUGCAGGGACUAAAAUGGACUCCGAAUGAUCCGACUGCGGGGACGGUCCUGGAUGUCAAGUCCUCUUUCAUAACCUCGCAUCAAUGUAGCAAGGAAGUCCCCAACAAGAAAGCGUUCAUGAAAGUGACCACUGAUGUUGAGGGCAGAUCUUACAUGUUCGAGUUUCAGAACUAUGCUGAGCGAGCACCGGCGCGUGAUGCUUUAAGCAACGUAAUAGCAAUGAAUAAGGCUGGGGCCGGAGGCUCUGCUCCAACCCCGGCGUCUGCGUCCACUGCAGCAUUGGUGAAGCCGGCGUCUAGUGGGGACCAGUUGGACCCUGCCGAGAUGGGACGAAGGAUGAAGCUCUUGCAGCAGGACCCAGACCUGCUGAAGCUUCAUCAACAGCUUGUUGGUGGGAAUAUCUUAUCAGAAGUUGAUUUUUGGGCAACUCGGAAGAACUUGUUGGAAGACGAGCAGAGUGGAGUGCAGAAGCAACGGACAGGACUCAGAAGUGCCAUGCUUGCAGAUGUCCGCCCACUUACAGACGGAAGAACGAACAAGGUCACGUUUAACCUCACUCCAGAAAUCAUUCACCAGAUCUUUGCAGAAAAGCCUGCCGUCCACCGCGCGUUUCUUGAGAAGGUUCCCUCGAAAAUGACGGAAAGUGCAUUUUGGACCAAGUAUUGUCGGGCCGAAUAUUUGUACAGGACCAACAACCGCGCCGCAGCGCUAGCGGAGGCUGCCGAGGAUGAGGAUUUAGCCGACUUCACUAGGGAUGACGAUAUUAUUGCCAAAAGUGUCAAGCACAAGAUUCAGAGGGUAGAUCCUACGCUGGAUAUGGCAGCCGAUUUGAACGAUGAUUACCUUUCUUUACCAGGACACGGAGUGCUUCGAGAUGGAGCUAAAGAAAGUGUGGAGAUGAUCGAGGGUGGUAAUCGAACUCGCACUAUUAUUCACGACAUUAAUCGCCAUGCCGCCGUUGUUCUUGAAGGAACUCCUUUGGAUACGGAGUUAAAAGAUACGACCACGGUGGCACACGCUCUGGAAAGGGCACGACUGAAAGAUGCUACUAAUGAGGUAGCAGAUCGGGGUGCUGACAAGCGUAGAACGGAGAGGAUCAUCAGUAUGACAGAAAUGGAAGAUCUUCAGGGGCCUCCCAGUUCAUCUUUUGUCCCUCUUACCAUCCAAGAUCCCAGAAAAUAUUUUGAUUCACAGCAGGCCGCAGGGUUCGAAGAAGGAAGCGCAACUGGGCUGACUUCCAUGUCUGCUGAUUCAGCUACUUUGUUAAGUGUUUUCAAAUCACAACUAAAUAAUUUUCAGGCUGGAAGACACAGGGACCCCGCAAUCGCACCUGAUCUAGCGUUCAAGAUACUUACUGACGUCACCCAGCACAUUGCAAGUUCGAGACAUACCACGGGUACUGCAGCGGAGCGAAAUAUUUUAGACAGUUUGCCAAGGGCCACAAGAGACGAGCUUAUGCAGCACUCCAACACUGCGAACGAGCUGCUUCGUCACUUCUGGGCUGCAUACCCUCUGACGAACAAAGUACUAGCAGAGAAAGCAACCCGGUUGAAAGAUGCCAUGGCGCAGUUGUACAGUCGUAUACAAAGUAUGAAGGAGAGCGCUCCAGCUGAUGUUCGGCAUCAAUUAUCGAGGCUUCUGCAGCCGCUCUUUCAAACAUUAGAUGCUGCGUUUUCUCAUUAUGAAGGGGAGGCAGCCAAAAAGGCAGAAGCUGUAAAGAGAGCGAGAAUCGCACAAAGACCCAAUUUAAACAUUCCUUUGGAUGAAAUGGCCAGCUAACCUCCUUAGCAAUGAGAGCUUCAAUUACGUCGAUAUAUGUCAUCUUGAUAUCCUGAGCGUCAUACCGGGUUUAACACUUUUUUCAGACAAGCUGUCGGAUUUUCGAUGCGGCUAUCCUUCAGCAGCUGAAAAAUGCUCAGGAACAGAUUGACGGAAUGUAGAGAAAUCCUAUUUCUCAAUGGAUUGGCAGUAUGUCUUAUAAUCCUCCAAGAACAUUUUGAAGGCUUUGAAAAAUGGGAAUUUUAUUAAAUCUUUUGAACUAAAUCGAAGGCAUUUGAACUGUUCUGACUUAUAUACGGUCUUGAUACACGAAUUAUAGCUGGGAGUAGGGAGUAUUUUGAUUCUGAACGGAUCAGGUAGACGCUGCAGUCUAUGUUUGCUUGUGGUGUUGAACCGGAUUGUUUGUAUGAGAUAUAUUAGUUGCGUAUUCUGAGUUAAUUUU